AUGAAGCUGUUGAUAAUUGCAGCUGCCUCUCUGGCGGUGGUGAGCUGUGCCAGCCUCUCUCUGGAGGAUCUAGAGUUCCACGCAUGGAAACUCAAGUUUGGUAAAUCCUACCGGACCGCUGAGGAGGAGGCCCGGCGCAAAGACAUCUGGCUCUCCACCCGCCGCAGGGUUCUGACCCACAACAUCCUGGCUGACCAGGGCAUCAAGACCUACCGCAUGGGCAUCAACCAGUUCUCUGACUUGGAUGAUAAAGAGUACCGUCAUACUCUUAUGAAUAACCUGGUUCCCCCAAAUGCCACCAAGACUUCACAUGAACAGAGUGAAAUGUACUUCAGACACACGGAGGUGGGCGCUAAAGUACCCAAAUACCAAGACUGGAGGCAAAUGGGAUGUGUGACUGACGUGAAAGUCCAAAACGACUGUCACUCCAGUUGGGCGUUCAGUGCAACAGGUGCGCUGGAGUCCCACACCUGCAUAUAUAAGGGACACCUGCCCUCUCUGAGUGAACAGCAGCUGGUGGACUGCUCUCGGUCCUUUGGGAAUGACGGCUGCAAUGGAGGCUCAGUGGUGUAUGCAUUUCAAUAUGUUGUCUCUAACAACGGGAUAGACACUGAAGAUUCUUAUCCUUACGAAGCGAAGGAAUCAACCUGCCAAUCCAAUCCCAAUAUUGGUGCCUAUUGUAUUGGAAUUAGGGUCCUAAUCCCUGGAGACGAAGACAUGCUUCAGGCUGCUGUGGGGUACAUGGGACCAGUGUCUGCAGUCAUUGAUGCCACCCAGGCCUCCUUUCAGUCCUACACCUCAGGUGUCUAUGGUGAGUCUCAGUGUUCCAGCUCUAGUGCAAACCAUGCUGUGCUGGUGGUGGGAUACGGUAGUGAAGGGGGCCAAGACUACUGGCUGGUCAAAAACAGCUGGGGUGUUAACUGGGGAGAUGAAGGCUACAUCAAGAUGUCCAGGAAUAAGAACAACCAGUGUGGCAUCGCCUCUCAGGCAUCGUUCCCUCUGGUCUGAUGGUGCGCUGGAGACACUAAAGGUGACUGCUGAAGGCUGAUAGUGUUUGAUGCUAAAGUGCAACUUAAACUUUCAAUUGCUAAAUUCUGUUGAAAUGAAUUUAUUUGAUUUGUUAAAUUAAAU